AUGGAUCGCAUUAGCGUUACGUUGUUGAGCACAAGCAGCACCGCCUACUUGAUGGUAAGCUGCCUGUUGCUAACGUUGCUGAUGCUGUUGCCUGAGGUGAAGCAGAAAGUGAUCGUACGUAGUGAUGUGUUAAACGCGCUGAAGCAGCUGCUCACGGGGGUAGGGCUCAUGUUUGGGGUGGAAAGCGAACCAGUGAUUGCUCCAACCGCUUCCGAACAGCUUCCCCCGAAGGCCCCGGGACCCAAAGGCUAUCCGAUAAUUGGAGCCCUCAAAGAGCUGAACGGGUACGAGGUACCGUAUCAGGCGUUCAGUGAGCUAGGCAAGCGUUACGGAGCCGUUACGGCGCUCCGACUCGGCUCGGUCAACGCGGUGGUCGUGAACGGCAUCGAGACCAUCAAGGAGGUGCUCAUCAACCGGGCUCAGCAUUUCGACAGUCGACCCAACUUCCGUCGCUAUCAGCUGCUGUUUUCGGGCAAUAAGGAAAACUCACUUGCGUUCUGUGAUUGGUCCGAGGUGCAAAAGGCUCGCCGUGACAUGCUGGUGCCGCACACAUUCCCGCGCAACUUUAGCGGUCGAUUCCACGAGCUGAACACGAUCGUGGUGGAUGAAAUCGGCCAGAUGCUGGGUGAGAUCGGCCGCGGAGAAUCACAGCAGACACCGACCAUCGUCGAGAUCAAACCACUUGUGCUCAGCAUCUGCGCCAACGCGUUCGCCCAGUACUUCGGUAGCCACCGGUUCGAGGUGCAGGACGAACGGUUCCAGCGGAUGGUGAACAACUUCGACCAGAUCUUCUACGAAGUCAACCAGGGCUACGCUGCCGACUUUCUCCCGUUUCUGCUGCCACUGCACCGCCAGAACCUGAAGCGCAUGGAUCGGCUGGCGGAAGAGAUUCGUGAGAUCAUUCUCGAGACCAUCAUCGGCGAUCGGUAUGAGCAGUGGGUCGAGGGAAGCGAACCGUGCGACUACGUCGACAGCUUGAUCGAUCACGUCAAGGGCCGGCUGGGUCCGGAGCUCGAGUGGGAGACGGCCCUGUUCGCGCUGGAGGACAUCAUCGGCGGACACUCGGCGGUUGGCAACUUCUUGGUAAAAACGUUCGGUUACAUCGUGCAGCAUCCGGAGGUGCAGGCGCGAAUCCAGGCUGAAGCUGACGCAAUCCUCGAGCGCCACGGUCGGCAGGUGAUCGAGCUAACGGAUCGUAACGAGAUGCCGUACACCGAGGCCGUCAUCAUGGAGGCGCUGCGUCUGAUCGCGUCCCCCAUCGUACCGCACGUCGCUAACCAGGACAGCCAUAUUGGAGGUUUCACCGUGGCCAAGGAAACGCUCAUCUUCCUCAACAACUACGACCUCAGCAUGUCGCCGGAACUGUGGGACGCACCGGAGCGCUUCGCACCCGAGCGCUUCCUGCAGAGUGGGCGCUUGGUGAAACCGGACUUCUUCAUCCCAUUCGGAGCCGGGCGACGCUCGUGCAUGGGCUACCGGAUGACGCAACUAUUGAGCUUCUCCAUCAUCUCCAAUCUGCUGCACACCUACACGAUUGCCCCGAUCGAAGGGCAUGACUAUCGCGUGCCAGUUGGGUCGCUGGCGAUGCCGGAAAAGUCCUACGCCUUCAAGGUAACCGCUAGGGAGUGCUAG